UUCCAACAACAGCUAGGCUAUUAUGUGUUGUGCUAUCGCACAGGAUACACAGGAAUCAUGAGUUCGCAGGGCUCUCCAGUAAAGGUGUAUAUUCGCAUCCGACCCACAGCCAAUUUUGCGCACAAGCUUAUUGAAUGCCUACCUGACCAGCAGACUUUGAGAGUAUGGUCCAAGAAAGGAAAGAGGAACAAUCAUCAGAGCUCAUGGUUAUUUCAGCUGAAUGGAGUGCUGCACAAUGCGUCACAAGAGGACAUCUAUGAUGGUGUAGCCCGGAGUGUAGUGCUGGGAACCUUUGGGGGCUACAAUGGUUGGUCAUUCAAAUGCAUACAUAUAAUAUCUGAAAUCACAAACAUUUACAGAGGCAGUUUCUACUUUGAAAUAAAAUGUUUAGGAAAGCCAUUUGUGUGUUUAGGUACAAUAAUGUGCUUUGGGCAAACUGGAGCGGGGAAAACAUACACUAUGACAGGUGCCGCAGAGACUUACAAACAGAGAGGCAUCAUUCCUCGAGCCCUACAGGAGGUUUUCCAGGAGGUGGUGGAUCGUGUAGAUCAUACAUUCUCUGUUCACCUUUCUUUUCUGGAAAUCUAUAAUGAGACAAUAGUAGACUUGCUCUCCAGCUUAAAGCAUGGAAAAGGUUCACAUAGUGGAGUCUUAACUGUGGUAGAAGAACCAGGAGGUGGAGUCUCAGUCAAAGGAUUGUCUUUACAUCUGGUUCACAAUGAAGAGGAGGCUCUUAACCUGCUUUUUGAGGGGGAGAUGAACAGAAUUAUUGGAGAACAUGCCCUUAAUAAACAUUCCUCCAGGUCUCACUGCAUAUUUACCGUCCACAUUGAGUCUCGCUCUCGCACACUGUCAGAAGCAAAAUACAUCACCUCUAAACUGAACCUGGUGGACCUGGCGGGAUCUGAGAGACUUAGCAAAACUGGGUCAGAGGGUCAAGUCCAAAUGGAGGCAAUGUAUAUCAACAAGUCCCUUUCUUUCCUGGAGCAGGUCAUCUUGGCUCUUGCUGACAGUCGUAGGGAACAUGUUCCCUUUAGACAGUGCAAACUUACCCAUGCUCUCAAAGACUCACUUGGAGGAAACUGUAACACAGUGCUUGUGGCAAACAUAUAUGGUGAAGGGGCACAAAUUGAAGAGACGCUUUCAACUCUUCGCUUUGCCACCAGAAUGAAAUGUGUGAAGACAAAGCCAUUAAUCAAUGAACAUGUCGACCCAGUGCUUCAGGUGCAAAGACUAGAGAAAGAAAUCCAGUUUCUUAAGGAGGAGCUGUCUAUGUGUAACAAACUGACUAAUCGGGUUUCUAAUGAGAUCCUGUCAGAAACCCAGGUGGAGGAAGUGAGGAGUCAGGUGCAGAGAUACCUGUCUGGAUCACUGGUUGAGAUUCCGAUUGUAAGCAUUACACAAAUCCAAGAGGUGUUUGCCCAGUUCAAAAAAGUGGUGUUGGAGCAGCAAACAAAAUUGCGAGAGCAACUCUGUCCGAGAAAUGCUCGCGUAGAGAAAGCCAUGAACACAACACCAUUUACUGUUGCAGAGGCGCAGGGGUCUAUUUGUGCUGUUGGAAAGGUGGAGAGCUGUGGAUAUGGCCUAGGUUUAGCUAAAUCUUCACAGAGACAUCAACGAGAAGUGUCACCUAAACCAAGUAAAGCAAGAAAAGACAAACAGAUCAGCAGAAAGGAAGGAGCAUUGAGCCAGUGGCCUGUGGAAAACACAACUGUAGAAGCCGCACAGCCUCUAAACAUGAGUGAAUCUGACAUGACCACACAAGAGCCCCAACGACAAGAUCCAGAACAACAACACAGAACUGACUCUCCUCCGCCCAAAGCGGAGGCAUUUGAAGAUUUCAAAGCACAACGGGGAAGUGAGAUUAACCGCAUACUAAAAGAGAACAAGGCUGUGCUGUUGGACCGCACGUCCCAAUUACGCACACUCACUGAUGUCAUCAAUGUGACUAAACGGGAUCUUGACAAUAUUACAUAUGAACUACAACAGUUCAGAGAGCGAAGACAAAGCCAGGGUCAGUUUGUGAGUGCGGAGGGGGAGCCUGUGAUGGAAGAGGCUGAACUGUCUCUAUUGAUGCAGCUAAAAGAGCUGAAGAACCGUUAUAGACAAGCCUAUGAGGACCUCAGAUGCACAAAGACAGAAGUCAGCUACUGUCAGCACCUGGUGAAUCAGUGCCGCACACGGCUGCUAACAGAGUUUGAGAGCUGGUACAAUGAGUCUUUCCUGUUGCCGGAUGAAGUGCUGUCCGUCUUAGAGGCUGGACCAGUUAGGCCAGGUCACAUACCUGUGGACAAAGCUUUAGCUCUGAUGGAGGAUGAUGAAGAGCAUUGUGAUGCUCCCUGUCAUAAGCUGCAGGCAGACAGUUCCAGUGCUGUGUCAUUUUAUAAUGCCUACAACAGGACUCUACAGAGGAGGGGAAGCAGACAGGCUUCUCAGAGUCCAGACUCAGUGAGAGGCAGCAGGAGUAAGAUAAAACUCUGUUCUAUUCUCUCAAUCAUCCGAUGAAGGCGUCUGUACGCUCAGUCUCACUCUUUACACUUUCUGAAGCAUGUUUCCAUGGAUGUUAGAAAUUGGUAGAACACGAAAACACCUGCUAUCUGAAAGCUGCUUGUGCUGUAUAAUGUGCGAAUCUGUAUUGUUCAAUCACAAAGACAAUCUGUCUAUAAAAUGUUUGGAUCACUUUUCAGGUUGAAUGUGUAAUGCGUAUUUUUGACUGUACAUUGUUAUUGGUAUGUACUUGUUACACUUGACAGUAUAUUUCUCCACUUUAAGAAAACAGCAGUUUGCGCUAAUCAGAGGCAAAAACAACCUCAGUACAUCAGGUUGUUAAAUGAAAAGUAAACUUUAUUAUUCCUGAACCACAAAAUAGACUUCUUUGGUUGUACAAAUUCACUAGUUACAGUCCUGAAUGAGCUCUAUUCCCAGACCUUUUGUCCCACCCCCUUUAGCAAAAAACAAACAAACAAAAAACAAUCCUCCCCACCAAGACAGGAAAACAAUAAGAGCUCAAACUCGUUUGCUCCGAAAAAGUAAAAAUGUAGUGAAUCCCAUUAUCUCAUUGGUUACAGAAAACCAACUUCUCUUUUUUUCUCUCAAACUACAUAAAAAAUAAA